UAUUCAACCAUCAACCUCUCUCUCUCUCUCCACCCAACAACACAACCACACCACCCUCCCCAAUUACAAAAACAUUAUGAUGGUAAAAAUAAAACAAAAGGUGGUAGAUGCAUGAGUAAAACACCAACCUACUUGUGUUGUAAACUACAACCUCUUUCUCUCUCUAUUCUUACCAUCUUCCUUUUGUAAUCCACACAAACCAAAACCACCCCCUCCCCCUCUCCUCCUCGGUUUCCCCGCACCGCCACCUCCCUUUUCCCCCCUCCCCUCUGCCUCUCCAAGGACCUGCAAUGGUGAGCCUUCGUAGGCGCAAGCUCUUGGGAUUGUGCUCUGGAUUCAAUUCUUUUUUGGCUCCAAUUUCGCCGAUUUUUGAGCAAGGACAGGAUCCUGAGAAUGCUGAAAACACUAAACCAGUGAGUGUUCAUCCUCUGCCUUUGAAUGGCAGUCCCAAACCAAAAGAAGAAACCAGCUUGGAAACCGGCCCUGGUUCGUCAAACAUGUCUGCUGUUUCGAGUGCAUCACUUCAGCAUUUUCCUGAGGUUAAACGAAGAAAGAGACACAGAAGGAAGCACGUCGAAAACCAAGAACCAUGCAUCAUGAGAGGCGUCUAUUUCAAGAAUUUGAAAUGGCAAGCUGCCAUUAAAGUUGACAAGAAACAGAUCCAUUUAGGAACUGUAGGCUCCCAGGAAGAGGCCGCUCGACUUUAUGACAGGGCCGCGUUCAUGUGUGGAAGAGAGCCCAACUUUGAACUAUCCGAGGAGGAAAAGCAGGAGCUCAGGAAAUUCAACUGGGACGAAUUCUUAGCCAUCACGCGCUCCGCCAUCACCAACAAGAAAAGCCAGAGACGUAGCGGGACUGGGCCGCGGAGGAAGCUUCUAGACAACGACUGGGAGGGCGAGGAGCAAGGACGAAGUGGUCCAUCGGCUUCUGAAGAUGAUAUGUUAGCUCCAUAACCCCCCAUUGAUCACCUUCUUUACCACUUUUUCUUCUUCUUUUUCUUAUAUAAAUACAUAUAUUUUGGCUUAAGGCUAAAGAAUUUAUUCGGUUUUUGGUAUAUAAUCGCCCCUAUUAGGGCAGAUUCCACAAGGAAAAGAUACAAUAUUUUGCUGUAACAUCAUCAUUGUUUAUCAUCUCUCGUCUGAGAAAUAUUAGUUUUAUUGCACAA